CUUGAAGUUACUUUCAAUUUCGUUGGCGGUUUUCGCUGUAGAUGUAUACUGUCAUACAAAGAUGUCGAUCUCGAGCUUCAUUCAUGGUUUUCAGCGUAUCUUUAAGAAGACUGUCAUUGUCGUUGACAGCUUGCAGAGAAAUUUACUGGAACGAUCGCCAUGAUCAGAAUGAGCAGAAAUUCGAAAAGGUGCUUAUAGCAAACCGGGGUGAAAUUGCAUGUCGGAUAAUUCAGUCGUGCAAACGACUUGGAAUUCGUACCGUUGCUAUUCACAGUGAGGCAGAUUAUUUGUCACGCUUUGUGUCCAUGGCUGAUGAAGCAAUUUGUGUUGGACCAGCACCAAGUGCUCGCUCAUAUUUAAAUAUGCCUGCAAUAUUAGAUGCAGUGAAGUCAACAGGUGCUCAAGCAGUUCAUCCUGGUUAUGGAUUUUUAUCAGAAAAUACUGUCUUUGCUGCAGAGCUGGAGAAAAUGAAUGUUGUAUUUCUUGGUCCUAAUUCAAAGGCUAUAAAAUCUAUGGGUGAUAAAAUUGAGAGCAAGCGAAUAGCACACCAGGCAAGAGUUAGUUGUAUUCCAGGAUAUGAUGGAGAAGUGGAUGGCCCCGAUGAAGCUGCUAGAAUAGCUGCAGAAAUUGGUUAUCCAGUUAUGAUCAAAGCUUCCGCAGGUGGAGGGGGAAAAGGGAUGCGUAUAGCUUGGAAUGAAAAGGAAGCUCGUGAAGGCUAUCGACUUUCUAAGUCUGAGGCAAAAGCCAGUUUUGGCGAUGAUCGUAUGCUAAUUGAAAAAUUUAUAGAUAAUCCCAGACACAUUGAAAUACAGGUACUAUGCGAUAGACAUGGAAACGCGAUUUAUCUUAAUGAACGUGAGUGUUCAAUUCAGAGGCGAAAUCAAAAAGUUAUUGAAGAAGCGCCUAGCACAUUCAUUGAUCCACCAACACGUAAAGCAAUGGGUGAACAAGCUGUUUCGUUAGCGAAAGCAGUUGGUUAUGAUUCAGCUGGAACGGUGGAAUUUUUAGUUGAUUCCAAAAGAAAUUUUUAUUUCCUUGAAAUGAAUACUCGACUUCAAGUGGAGCAUCCAAUCACUGAAUGUAUUACUGGCGUAGAUAUUGUUCAUCAAAUGCUUCGAGUGGGUAAAGGACAUCGCAUACUACUAUCACAGUCUGAUAUUCCUGUGCAUGGAUGGGCUUUUGAAUGUCGUGUAUACGCUGAAGAUCCAUAUAAAGCAUUUGGUUUACCAUCAAUCGGUCGAUUAUCCUCUUAUAUUGAACCUUUACACAUUCCUAAUGUUCGUUGUGAUAGCGGGAUUAGUGAGGGUUCUGAGAUUUCCAUAUACUAUGAUCCUAUGAUAUGCAAACUUGUGACUUAUGGACCAGAUCGUCAAAGCGCUUUGAAUACAAUGGCUAAAGCUUUAGAUAGUUAUGUUAUUCGUGGUGUAACGCAUAAUAUCCCACUACUUCGGGAUAUUAUUACUGAGAAACGUUUUGUAUCUGGAAAUAUUUCAACAAAAUAUCUACCAGAAGUGUAUCCUGACGGAUUUAAAGGUAAAGUUCUCGAUGAAAAAGAGCUUCAUACGUUGAUCUCUGUUGCUGCAUCUGUAUUUGUAAAAGAUGAUGCACGUUUCCGAAAUUGUUGUCGGGAGUCACAAUGGGAUCUAGUUGCUUCAUUGCACGAAAAUACAGCUGAUACUGAUCCAAAAAGCCGUUCAUAUAUUCGUUGUAUUGUAACACGUGAUUGUACGAGUUUCAAUGUGCGUAUGUCCCCAUGGCAACCUCCUGAACAUGUUAAUCAAAAAAAUGCACAAGCUACUGCUCCACCUUCGAAAUCUGAAGAAAUAGUUGUAAAGGUAGCUGAUAAUUUUAAGCUAUCUGAUAAAAUUAUCAACCAUUCAUCAGCUGACAAGGAAGUAAUAUUACAAUUGCUGGGUAAAAGCAUAAAUUCUGUUCGGUUACAGUAUCUUGGUACCACAUUUCCCAUAGAAAUCAUGGAUACUACAGCAGCAUGGCUUCGAGCUGCUUAUAUGCCACCACCUCAUGUCAUCGACUAUGGCUCAGUUUGUAUUGCCCCUAUGCCCGGUUUAGUACGUUCAGUAGCAGUAAAGCCAGGUGAUCGAGUUAGUGAAGGUCAAGAACUUUGUGUAUUAGAGGCAAUGAAGAUGCAAAAUAGUAUGACAGCAUCCAGAUCAGGCGUUAUUAAGAAAGUGAAUUACAAAGCAGGUGAAGCAGUAGGCGAAGGAGAUAUCCUAGUUGAAUUAGAGAAAUAGUAUUCUUUAUCACUAUUCUCAUUUAACUCUACUCUAAUUUACCAAAUUAAAAGGCGGAAAAAAUGCAAACGAACCAGCCUUUUAAUUGCAUAUGUAUGCUUCAUUUUAUUGUUAAACAAAAAUCAUUGUCUUGAAGUGAAUGUUAUUUCCAAUGUGUCAGUUAUUUCUUCCUCUGUCUCUAAUUUUUGUCUUGUAUUUGUGUAUCCACAAUCUUGAACAGCUGUAUUCCCUCGCGCUUUUCUUUCCUGCUUAUGGCUUAUAUCAAUGAAUGCCUCUUCUGUUUGCUUGUUUGUUUGUUUAUUUGUUUUUAUACAACUUCUUCAAUGAUUUUAUUCAUUUUUACAAUUUGAACUCUUUUCUGACUAUCAUUUUUGUCGAUUGCAUUUAUUAAAUUAAUAAAUAAAUAAAUAAAAGUCAGUAAAUAAACAAAUCAAAAAGUAGACAUUUGUCUGUUU